AUGCGAUUGGAUUCACGACGUGAUAUAUCAGAAGAUCAGGUGCAUAUUCAUCAUUCGUAUUUCCCUCGAAGUAAGGAUUUGUAUAUCUCUACUUUCGAAUUACUUAUGAAUCCCAAUUAAAAUGCCUCCAGCUUGUCCUUCUCCUUUUUUGUCAUAAUCAUAUUUAUAUUUAAAAAUUCUUAUUAUGACAAGGACACACUGGUUGAAGAUAAAACCUUAGAAUCUUAUAGUUAAUAUAAUUAUAGAUUUGAAGACCAAGCUGAACAUCUUCAUGACUGUUACAAAAUAGUAUUAGCAAAGGAUGACUAAUAAAUAGAGAUUAAUUUUAUAUAUACAAGUCAGUGUGUUUAUGCACAAAUCUAAAGUUUUUUAUCACCUAAUAAUCUAGAUCCAAUACUGAAUUAAUCAAUUAAGUAAUAUCAUAAAUUUAAUAAUAUUUUGAGUGAAUUAGAUUUAUCAACUGAAAAAAUUAAUAUUUCAAAAUACAAUUUUUUCAGAAUUUGGACAAAAUUUCCUAAUCGAAGGGUUUUAAUUAUCAUAUUAAAUACUAUGAAUUAUCUAAUAUUUAUCAGCAACAAUCUCCGAUAUGCAAUAUAUUUUAAAUCAUUAAUGAAAAAUGUGUAUAUUUUCUUAUACAGUAACAUUAUUAAACUGUAUUUUGUUGAUCAUACAUCGCAAUAUUUAUCUAAUCAUAUUUCCCAAUUUGACUAGUUCUAAUUCAAAGAUUGA